AUGGGCGCCGACAAGGGGAGGACCUCGGUGCAGUUCGACGACUUCCUGCCGUCGAUGGCGAGGAAGCUCGGCGCGGAGGGGCUGAUCCAGGAGCUCUGCAAGGGGUUCCAGCUGCUCAUGGACCCCAGGGCCGGCAGGAUCACCUUCCAGAGCCUCAAGAGGAACGCGGCCAGGCUGGGGCUCGGCGAGCUCCGGGACGACGAGCUCCAGGAGAUGAUGAGGGAGGGGGACAUGGACGGGGACGGCGCCCUGGAUCAGACAGAGUUCUGCGUUCUCAUGGUCAGGCUCAGCCCUGAGCUCAUGGAGCAAGAGUCGCAUAGGAUGUUUGAAUGUUGA